GUUCCAUACCCAUUUUCUUGCGGCGCACUCACGUAGCAGAAAUAUGUGGGUGCACGAAGAAUUGCGUCUGGGUACAGAGUACGAGCUAAUGCGAAGAUUAUCGAUCACGUGUCCAUCUCGUGUUUGACUGACAACCUGACUGACAACUGUGAACUGCGCACUGUGUCGCUGCGUGGAACCGCGAGUUUGUAUUUCCCGUAUAUACGUUGCCACGUGCAGUGUUCGUGUCCUAGCGUGGGGUCGAUCGCAAACCGCUCAUUGUACUGUAAAGUCUGACAUGGCUUCCCGUAGUCGUCCUUCCAACCCUCAGUCUCAGACUCUCACGAAGUAUUUUGGCUCUGUGUCAAAGCGGCCUCGCUUGGAUGAGGAGGACAGACGACCGGACUCUACAAAGGUACCGGAUGAUGGAGGUGACGAUCUGCAUGGAGACAACAGUAGCUUACCAUCACUGGAAAGACCAGACGAUGCCACUUUUAUCCAUCCAGCUGUGUCUUCCGGAGAUUUUGCUAGAAUUGUACAGUUGAAGGAAGAACGAACUCUGACAGAUCAGGAAAAGUACCAUCUACUUACUAACCAUUUCCGGCCCAGCGCUACCUACCGCUUUCCAUCUGUUCUUUAUGGGAAGAAGAAGCGUGCAUUUCAACAUGACUGGCUUCACCAAUAUAACGGUCUUGUGUAUUCUGAGACAAUGCAGGGAAGCUACUGCAAAUACUGUGUCCUGUUUGGUCAAGCUGCGUACUCUGUGUACAGUUUUACCGGUACUCUGAUUAGUAAACCACUCACUAAUCUCCAGAAGGCCAGUGAGAAGCUGCGUAACCAUUUCAUUGGUGUCGGAGGGAGUUCAGCAAGGAAGUACCACUUACAAGCUGUUGAAAAGGCAGAGAAUUUUAAGGCUGUGAUGGAAAAGAAACAGUUGCCAGUUGACCAGCAACUUUCCAGCCUUCGAGCUCAGCGUAUUGCCAAAAACAGAGAAAUCCUAAGAUCUGUAGCAGAAACUGUUAUACUUUGUGGCAGGCAAGGGCUUGCUUUGAGAGGCCAUCGCGAUGAUUGGAAGUGGUUAGAGAAAACGCCAUACGCUAAUCACGGAAAUUUCAUGGCCUUACUUCAGUUUCGGAUUCAGAGUGGAGACAAAGUUUUAGCUGAUCACCUUCAAUCUGGUGGUUACCAAGGAAACGCUCUGUACACAAGCAAAACCAUUCAAAAUGAGUUGAUUGACGUAUGUGAUCAUAUAAUCCGCACCCGCAUUUUAAACGAAGUCCGAGAUGCCCCUUUUUUCUCAAUCAUGGCAGACGAAGCAACAGAUGCUGCCAAUAAGGAGCAGCUGGCUAUCAGUGUCCGGUAUGUGAAGGAGGCUACACGAAGUAUCGAAGAGCGAUUCUUAGGUUUUAGUGAGUGUGUUACUGGCGUAACUGGAGAAGCCAUAGCAGAUCGCAUUCUUCAGCAUCUAGUCGACUGGCAGCUUCCAGCCGAUAAUCUCAUCGGUCAGACGUACGAUGGUGCCGGAGCCAUGGCUGGAAGAAAGAAAGGAGCAGCAGCACGCAUAACACAGCUCUACCCAAAGGCUCUUUAUACGCAUUGCAAUGCGCAUGUUCUCAACCUUUGUGUGGUAAAAUGUUGUCGCAUUCGUGAAAUCCAGAAUGCCAUGGACACCGCUGACAGGAUUUGCCGUUUCUUUGCCAACUCGCCAAAGAGACAGCUUGCUUUAGAAAAGUCGAUAGGAGCGGUUUUGGAUGGUGAGCAUCGCAAAAGAAUAAAGUCACUUUGCAAAACUAGAUGGGUGGAAGAGAUCAAAGAUUCGGUGGAGUGGAACAGAGAAACCAGAGCUGAUGCACAGUCAUUCUUUCUGGCUUUAACAAGAUUUCCGUUCAUCUUCACUUUAAUACUGACAAAGGAUGUUUUAGCGUACACUAAAGCCCUGAGUGUCAAGUUGCAGGGCCGUUAUGUUGACAUAGUGAAGGCAUACCAGGAAAUAAGGUUUGUCACUUCCACAAUUCACAGUGCCAGGGUGAAUGUCACUACAAUCCAUUCACGAGUCUAUCAAAAGGCUUUGGAAGUAGCCGGUAAGGUUAAUGUAGAAGAGAGCUUGCCAAGAACGACUGGACGUCAACAGCACCGCGGCAAUGUGCCUGCAUCUUCUGCAUCCGAUUACUACCGGAAACAGCUGACCAUCCCUAUGCUGGACCAUCUCAUCAAUGAAAUGGGUUACCGGUUUAGCGAAAGUUCUUCAGCUGUUGUUUCUCAAAUCACGCGUCUUUUGCCACCAUCCUUGGCAGUGAGUGACAACAUCUUGUCUUCAGCAGAUAUUCCCGACUUGGUCAAGAUGUAUGGCGAUGAUUUACCAGCCGCAGCUGCUCUGGAUACGGAGCUUCACAGCUGGACAGUAAAAUGGAGCGGGUCGGUACAGUUUGCAGCAGAUAAAGAUACACCCUCGAAGGUUCUCAACCAAAUCGACAAGGACUUCUUUCCAAAUGUUGGGCAGCUGUUAAAGAUAGCAUGCACACUCUCGGUAACAAGUGCGGAGUGCGAACGUUCCAUUAGCCGUCUGCGGUUUUUGAAAACUUGCAUGCGUAGCGGCAUGGGAGAGUCACGCUUGAAUGGCCUAACGCUGCUCCAUGUUCACCGGGAUACCCCGUGUGAUGCUGAAGCCGUCGUGGAAGAAUUUGCAAAGCGAAACCCACGGCGGCUUCAGCUGUCCGAGUUUUGUUAG